AUGUCUUCCUCCGAACCUGCCCCAGUAUCAUCGACCCCCGAAAAUGCGACUCCAGAGCUGGAUGUCCCCAAGCUCCAUGCACUCCCCUCCGAACAACAGGACCUCUACCUGCUCACCUUCACUUCCGAUCUAGUGCAAUUUAUUUCCAGUCUCGAUGCACAGCAGGUCUCGGCGCAACAAAAAGCUCUUAAGAAGGAAUUGUUCAAGAUCCUGACCCUUACCUCCCCCACCAUCACGCGAGUCCUCCGCAAUAACCUGGGACGAUGUUUCGGCGCUAUUCUGACGAAAGGGGAUCGCGGGAUUCUCUUCGAGACGAUUACCGAUCUUCUUGGAAUAGUAAACGCGAGUAAGAGCGAGGCGGAUAUCAAGACCAAGUUCGCAGCGGCGCAUUGUCUAGGCGAAGUGUUUGCGACAGCUGGCGACAGUGCGUUCAUGCAGUCCAACAUUGCAGUGUCUAGCACAAUUAAGCUUCUCAAGUCGGCCAGCAGCCAUACGGGCUUCCGCGGAGUUAUAUAUGCCAUUUUACGGAAGAUCAUCGUGGGCAUUGGCGUACCGAUUGACGAAGCUACUGCUCGGGAUAUUUGGAAACAAGCGCGCAAUGCGGCGACUAGCGACAAGUCUACUUUCGUGCAGGUUCACUCUUGUCGCUGUAUCGAGCAGCUGGUAAACAUGACGCCUUUCUUCGAUAAUGCAAAUGACUUUGAAAACCUCAAGACUGUCAUGUGGAAGGUCAUUGACAGCCCCAUUGCGCCGGUUAGGCAUGCAGCAGCAGCUUGUCUUGGCCGGGCUUUGGUCAAGCUGCACGCGUCAGAUACGCCCAUUAUGGCGGCCCCGAAGCCCAAGUCCAAAAAGAACAAGAGGAUGUCUAAGAAGCCAUCUGCUCGCCCCGGAGAAGAGGAUGAGGAUGAGAUGUCGGAGUCUUCUGCUGCGAACGCCCCGGGAGCUGCUAGGAAGACUGAAUCUCGAUUGUUUUUUUCCCUUCCGGACCUUCUGCGUCAAUUGUCCUCGCAAUACCUCAAGAGCACAACUUCCAACCGCUCGCGAGCCGGAAUCUGCGUGUGUUACAAAUAUGUUCUGCGCAACUUGGGGGAUAAAGUUGUCGACGAACGCUAUGGGCAGAUUGCGACUAAUCUGCUCGUGGAACUGAUGAACCACCCAACUGUUACAUACAACCGGUUCCGCCUUUUGAUGACUCGGAAGUUUGUAAAAUCUAUCCUUGAGGAUACUAUUGGCCGUGAAUUGCUACACGAAAACAGCCAGCUAAACGCCGCCCGAUGGAUCAUCAACGAAAUCCUCAAGGACUACCCGCAAGUCAUUCAGGAGCGCCGCGAGCCAACCAAGUAUACUUUGACAUGCGCAGUCAGCGCUCUGUCCUCUUUGAUUUCGUCGCUUGGAUCUGCUUUCGGUGUCCACGCAGACAGCUGCAGAGACGCUUUGCUUCAGGUGCUCCCUCACCCGAGCUAUACUGUUCAAGUCCACGCCGCGCACUGUCUGCGCAGCUUCGUACUUGCCUGUCCUCACCAGCUUCUGUCUGGUGUGACAAUCUGCAUGAACAGCCUGAACCGUGAAAUCGGCCAGCUUGCUACGCCGCGCCAUUCAUCUCGCCGAUGUGUCGGCUACGCCAAUGGCCUGUCCGCGAUGCUCAGUACGUCUCGUCUGCAACCGCUUUACGGUGCCGUCGACGUGUUCGCUCGCAUCUUCACGCAAGCAACCGACCUUCUGAAGACUAGCAGCACUUCCGAGCUACGUGUUGCUAGUACACAAAUUCAAGUCGCAUGGAUCCUGAUUGGCGGAUUGAUGCCUCUCGGGCCUAGUUUCGUCAAGAUCCAUCUUUCUCAAUUGAUGUUGCUAUGGAAGAAUGCUUUGCCAAAACAUCUGAGCAAGGAGAACUCUGCGGCGCCUGGUACUCUCGAAACAAGCUUCCUUACUCAUGUUAGAGAGUGUGCUCUCGGCGCUUUGUUGGUGUUUAUGGAAUUCAACAGCAAGCUCAUCACAGCAGAUGGGGCCAAGAGAAUCGCAGCCAUGCUACAGAACACCGUUGAAUUCCUGGACGAUCUGCCGCGACCCAAGUCAAUUGAGGACAUCUCUCAACGUCUUCAUCCUUCCUUGCAACUCCAUGAUUUCACCACUAUGGUCCGCCGACGGGUCUUACAGUGCUUUUCGAAGCUCGUGCAUGUUCACCACCCCAGUCAUGGAGACAUCAUCUCCCAAUCCAGCCUUCUAAGUCUUGCUGUCUCUUCUUUUGCCGACCCUGAUGCGCAGUACCGCCCACUGGAGAGCUCGAUUGCUGGUUCAGCUGGACAAUUUGACGGCCUAUGGGAGCUUUGCGAUAACUACGGAUUUGGCGUCACUGGACUUGCCAGGGAAUAUAUCCGCGCUGCACAUUCUGGUUCGCACGGGAAUGACAGUCCUGCUUGGUCUGCACUUGAACAUGCAGACAAGGAUGUUGAUGAUGCUUUGACAUUCCCUGUUUGUGAGGCCAGUGAGCACGAUGCAGUUUUGCUGUACAGCCUGCGAGCUGAUCAUCACCUCGCUGUUGAUCCACCUAACACCGGAGUUGUGAACUCUGCAAUCGAGCUUUUUGCUGUUGCCAUUGCUCUUCACUCGUCCAAAAUCCAGGAGAGCAGUGUGGAACAGGUCGCCUCAUUCCUUGCUUCCCCGAGCCUCCAAAGGAACCCCGGAAGAAAAGCAGCCUUGGCUGUAAACAUUUCUGUGGCACUUUUGCAUGCUCUUAAGGUUGCGGUCAAGGAGACCGACUUUGUGGCCGGAAAACUGAGCACGUCCACAGACAAGAUUUUGCAGGAGCUUGUUCAGAAAUUCGUGAUUGACACUGACCCUAUCGUCCGCACUAUUGGCGUAGAGUCAUUAGGACGCCUUUGUGACAGCGCUGGAAACGCCUGUACCAACACGCAGGUCAACUGGCUGGUCGAUACCAUUGUUGAAAACCGAGAGCCAAAUGCUCGCGCUGGCUGUGCCGCUGCUUUGGGCUGUAUCCACUCGCAAAUUGGUGGUAUGGCAGCUGGUCUGCACCUAAAAACAAUCGUCGGUGUGCUCAUGUCUCUCUGCAAUGAUCCCCAUCCUGUCGUUCAUUUUUGGGCUCUUGGUGGACUGGAGAGAGUGGCCAACUCUGCCGGUUUGACGUUCUCUCCAUUUGCCUCCAGUUCACUUGGAAUGCUGGCACAGCUCUACAACGCCGACACACACAAUGUGGAGGCGGCAGCAUUGGCUACCUCGAACAUCGAAAUGACCUUUUUGACACCCGUUGUCAUCAGUCGUUGCGUGGAUUCGCUCAUCAACGUCCUUGGACCGGAUUUGCAGGAUGUUGCUAAAACACGCAACCUUAUUCUGACCCUUCUCCGCCAGUUCCAGUUGGAGGAGAACCCUGCGCUAGUGACAGAAAGCUCCAAGUGCUUGGAUCAUUUCUCCCUUUACGCCUCGAACUUUGUGGACUUCUCGGGAUACGUGAAACGACUUCAGACGGAGCUUCGCGCGAGCAACUCUUUGAUGCGGGACGUCGCUGUCCGCGGUCUCAGCAAUCUGAUGAAGAGAGAUGCCGCAUCAGUGGUGCGCACGGCCAGUGAGACACUUGAAGACGAUAUCUGGCUUGCGUUCGAUGAUGCCCCGGACAACAAGCCGCUCAAGAAAAUGAUUCAAGAGUGGCUACAGCAAACUGCGCUCACGGAGACUGAGCUCUGGAUCCAGCGUUGUCAGAAGAUUAUGACCAAGACUCGCAAUAAGGUGGAGCUUCCACCUUCUACGGCAGUUCAAGCUACUGCGGCGGAUAUCCCAGAUGACGAAGUUGCUGGAUUCGCAUCCGCUGCGGCUGGAGAAGGUCAAGGCGAUUCUACCGGCGAUGGCGUAGCUGGUCAGGAAUUGCUAAAAUGGCAGACACGCAACUUUGCCAUGAGGUGCCUUUCCGAACUUCUGGCAACAGUCCAGGAAGCUAUCUUGCCGGACACAAGCAUUCCAGCAGAGCUUGCUCUUCAGUCUAAGGUUGGAGACAUUGUCAGAAUGGCUUUCUCCGCCUCAACUGCAAAUGUCAUUGAGCUGCGCAUUUGGGGUCUUAAGAUCAUUGAUCAAGUCUUGACUAUGUUUGGCAAAACCCCGGAUCCCGAUUUCGCGGAAGCUUCUCUGCUGGAGCAGUACCAGGCUCAAAUCGGAUCUGCUCUCACUCCUGCCUUCGCAGCUGACUCCUCAGCAGAGCUGGCUUCUGAAGCAAUCAACGUGUCCGCGACCUUCAUUGCCACGGGCAUUGUGACGAAUGUGGAUCGCAUGGGCAGAAUCCUCAAAUUGCUAGUUCUUGGACUUGAAAACUUCGCGAAGAACUCUGCCACCACCGAGAUUGGCGAUCUAAAGGGCUUGAAUUCCAAUGCUCGAGUAAUGGUCAAACUUGCGCUUUUCUCGGCGUGGGCUAGACUGCAGAUUGCUAGCAUUGAACACGAAUAUCUUAACCGGGUGGUUCAGCCGUAUCUUGCCAAGCUGACACCGCUCUGGCUUUCCUCUUUGCAAGAGUAUGCCCGGCUGCGCUUUGAGCCGGACAUCUCGGGUGCUCUAGGUACGAGCACACAGAGCAAUGACCUAGACGAAGUUUAUGCUGCUUUGAACCGCGAGACGCUCUUGAAGUUUUACCAAGAUACCUGGCUCAGCCUUGUCGAUGCAAUUGCCGGCCUGGUUGAGAAGGAUAUUGACUUUGUCUUCGACGCUUUGGAUGGCAAGCUCCAACCAGUUGAAGAAUCUGAUGACGCUGAAAAGGAGACAGAGAAAGAAGAGUCCAGCAAAGAGGUUGCAAAGAGCGAAACGGCAGGGAAGGGCGACGACAUCAAUUAUCGCGAGGAACCCGUCGCCUUCUUUUUCGUCUUGUUCGGACUUGCUUUUGAAUCCCUGGUUGAUCAAGCUACUACAACCUCCCAGCGGCUGGAGAUUCUGCAGGCCCUUAAGCGAAUUCUGAGACCCAUCAUCUCUGGUAACGCCAUUUACCAGGAUGCCAUCUUCUCGGAGACCAUGGAUACUUUCGAUCGGCUUGUUCUGACUGAGAGCACUCCCAUCCAGACUGUCAUUGUCGAGAUCGCCCAAAAUUUGUCACUGGACCAUCCAGCUGCUAAGAGCGACCAGGAGCGAGGUGAUCAUCUGUCGGAUGACAUUGAGCAACUCUUCGAAUUGACCCGAAGCAUCAUUCUUGUCCUUGCUGGGAUGCUUCCUAAUCUGCGUGAAUCGACCCCUCUGGCGCGAUUUAACGUCUCAUCUGAUGAUUCUUUGACACUUAUUCGGCUGGCUCUCCGCUCUCUGGUUGAUGUUGCAUCGGUGUUCCCAUCCAUUAUUCGAAAUGAUCUCCAUGCCUGUAUCCUGCACAUUUUCACCACGAUUCUUGCGACUGGAAUCUGCCAGACCGAAGUUGUACCCCAGGCUCUGCCGAUCUUCCGACAGUUCGUCUACGGCAUCACUCAUACCCCUGAAGCUUCAGAGGAUAUCGACGUGGUUGCUUUCCAGCUGCGUGGCUGUCUCACCCGGUUCUUGAAUAUCCUGACCAUUGCUCAACGACGAGAGGCAGAUUCCUCUAUGGCAUGUGCCAAGAACACCCUCCUGGCCAUAACCUUCCUCUUGACAGCAGGUGGACAUGUCCUCCCUCCUCAGGAUCCGGUCAUCAACCGCGUUCUCGAUGAGCUCCUUGAUUGUCUUCACGACGUUGGCCUUGCCACAGUCGCUGCAAGCUGCCUCCGCUCGAUCCUACUCAAGCCUAGUCCUCGCUACAUGACCGACGACGUGGUUUCUCGGUACCUCAUUCCUCGACUCAUCGCCUUCCUUGUCGGAUGCCCGAUCGACGGCGGCGACAUCCCCAGCGACCCCGAGAACUCGCGCACCGUUAUCGCCCGGACCCUCGUGUCGUGUGUUAGCAAUGCUACCUUCUCUCCUGCCGAGAUGCCCACUGCCGCUUCACUCGUCAUGUCUGCCCUGCUGGCACGCGCCAAGAGGGAAGGACAGGCCGUUCACCAAGAAUCAGCCGGUAAUCUCCUUGAACUUGCCAAGGCUGAUCAAUUCAUCUUCCGAACCUUGGUUGCGAACAUGAACGCGGACCAAAAAUCGCUUCUGGAAGAGGUCCUCCGCAGCGCGGGUGUCGGUGCGGGGGCCGCUAAGGUAGGCGAAACAGCCGAUAACACACCACAAGCUGCGCCUAGUAUUGCCCUGCGCAUGGACUUCUAG